AUGGUACAGCAUCAGAUGCAGACCUUUGAAAGAAUUGUCAGCCACACUUCACUUUACAACAUUGUCCUGCAGGAGGAUGAGGAGCCACUGCCAGAGGAUGAGCUACCAGAACACCUGCGGCCACAGCCUCAGUUGCAUUUUGACCCGUCUAACAUUGGUGAUCCUGAGCAGCUCCUCAAGAUGAGCAAGAAAGGUCGCACGCUGAUGAUGUUUGUACAAGUGAAGGAUGAACUGAGCCCCAGUGAAGCGGAGGAGGUGACGAAGCUGUGGCAGAGCUCUCUGUAUAACAGCCACAUUCAGGCUGAGAGAUACAUGGUUGAUGAUAGGAGAGCAAUCUUCAUGUUCAAGGACGGCUCUCAGGCGUGGGAAGCCAAGGACUUCUUGUUGGAGCAGAAGGACCUGCGCGAGUGUUCAGUGGAAAACAAGGUGUACCACGGAUACCACACUCCUGAGGGCAAGAAGGAAAGGGAGGAAGUCUAUGCAAGGAAGCUUGAAGCACAGAGAGCAAACAAGAAGAAGAGGAAAACGGAAUUAUAAUAAUGGUCCAUAAUCUUCAAAAAUAAUUAAGACUUGCUCUCACUUGCCGCUGGUUCUCUGUGUCACAUUCAGUUUGCUCUACUUUGUGUUUCUUAAAUUACAGAUCAUUUGUGUUUUCCUGCAGAUUGAUGUGCUAUACCACAUGUUUUCCUGGAGAUGGAUGUGCUGUGCCACAAUCUUGAGAUUUUGCUUAAAUUUUGUUUGUUGCAUUACAAGCGAUUUUGUAAUUUCUUGCACACUGACAAUAUAAUUUGUUGAAUUACAGAUGAAUGACUUCAGUCUCUCAUUAUAAUCUGGUACAAAGUGCCACAGUUGUUAUGUUUGCUUUUUGUUUUGCAAAAUACAGAUAAGAUCUGUAGUUUUUCCAGCUACUGAGUAUUACUUAAAGUUCUUCUGUCUUGGUGUUUGUAACAAUUUAUAACUUUUUAUAAUAAAUCUCAUAAAAUUGCUAUGAUAGUAAAAGCAUCUGUCAUCAGAUUUCACCUUGUAUUGAUUUAUCUAGGUACCAAUGGAUAGAUCAAAUGCUUACAAAAUAAAUAUUUUGUUAGUGA